AUGGCAACGAAGUGGGAGAAGGUGAAGUAUAUAAGGCGCGUGAGGCCAGAUUCAGACGACGGGUUAACAGAUGAAUGUAAUGAUGCCAUUGACGACUCCAAAGUGAAUAUAACACUCAAUGGAGAACAAUCGGCCCUUACGUCCCAAGAGGGUAUCAAACUGAAAUUCUACCUAGAGAAUCCACUGUUAUCUCAAUCUCAACCGAUUCUGAAGAACCGAUCGAACAGUUGCUUAUACUUGUCAGUUCCACAAAACAUUGGAAGACAAAAGAUUCAUGAAGAAGCCAGAGGAACUUCUCCUUUGAGAAAAACUUCCAGUACAUUUUCUUUGGUUAAUAGCCAUGAAAUCGAUGGAGAUAUUUCUACUCGAUCACAGCCAUCAAAAAAUACUCCGCGAAUACUCGUGAAGGAUUUGUUUAAUUCCAAAACCGAGUAUAAAUCGCACCGGUUAAAGGUAAGUUUAAACAUCAUUUACAUAAACAAACUUACUUUAUGCCGCAAAAUCGCGGUUUUCCACAUUUCUGUGUUUUAUAAUAUAUGCAAAUUUCCCAAUUGUGAUAAAAGUACCUGAUAUUGUAUUAAAUGAAGUUGAUAUUACUGAGCUAGCAGAUAGAGGUUUGGAAAAAGAUCGAGUUUCGUAAAUAUUGAGUAACAAAUAAAUACUGAGUAACAAAUAAACGAGCCCGAAGGUUAAUAUGUAUCUCCAUAUGCUACUGCUCCCCACUGUAUGAAUUUUAAUUGGUCACAGGCAAAUUGCCAUGCGAUACUGGUUAAUCUUGCACUAGUUUCGUUGCGUCACUCUUUUAUAGCUCUGUUUGCAAGUAGAAUAAUGUCAUUUUUGCAAUAUACAACGAGCCUCCCAUCAUUUCAUAUAAAAGAGCAAAAUCGCUAGGAGAUAUCCUCGUUAGAGCAACUAUAACGUCACGUAUCACACCAUCAAGAGCUUAUGAGUCGUGUUUGGCCUGUCAACACCUUCCACAGAUGGUCUUGAUCAACGAUCACUGAAGCGUGAACGAAAAUUCAGAAGUCGUGCUGAAAAUUUUCAAGGUCGAGUUCGAAAUAUGACUCGGCAAGUGUAACUUGAUGAAGCGAGUUACGGCGAGCAAGGUCGUUUAAUAAAAAGACGAGUGUAAAAACGUUUGCCAAUGAUGCGAAAUCUGAAGGAAGAGUGUAAAAUUUUAUAUUCGGCUAUAAAAUUCAAGUAGACAUUUAAAUGAUGAAUUUAAAAAUCAAACAAUGAAUUUUUGCGGGGAUCGUACGCCAUAAAAUGGGGGUACCUCGAUAACACUAAACACUUGACAAGGAGUUUUUGGUCAUUCUCCAACAUUUCCUGAUUAUUCGAAGAUUUCCGUAAACUCCCGAAGAUUCUCGAAACUUGCGAAGAUUUCCGGAAAUGACCGAAGAAAUCCGAAGAUUUGCAAGGAGAAAUCCGAAAUUUUUUUACCUUAUUUUUUCGUCCCUAAUUUCACAUGUGAAAGAUAUAUUUUCUAUAGUGUACAGAUAGGAUUUUUUUUUUUAGGUAAGACCCCUCUCCGAAAACAGUGAAACAUUAAAAAAUUGUCCACUUUAACAGCAAACACUAAUAGUUAUGGCUAAAUAACAAUAAACACUAUAUAAACCCUUAUCCAGACCCUCUCUCAGGAGGAAGAACGACUUCACAGCGUUCGAAAUAUCGGGAAUAGUUAUUCAAGUCGCUUUGUUGUUUGCUGUUUUGUAGUUACAGUUUAUUGGUCUUUGUUACUGCGCUUUUCACAAACAUGGGAACUCUAACGUUCAAAAGCCGCCUUCACAAUCGCGUUUUUCGCUGCCGUCAAUCAUAAUUACGAUCACAAGCAACGAACCUUGAAACACAGAAACACACAGAAGAGAUCGAAAUCCACCAAUCACACAUCACAAACCAUGACCUUUUGAACCCGUUAAAGUAAAGUUUUUUUGCUUGACGGCAGUGAAAAACGCAAUCGUCUGUUGGCUUUUGAACUUCAGAAUUCGCAUGUUUGUGAAAAGCGCAGUAAAACAGCAAGAUUUGGAUACCGUCAUUACUAUAAAAAAAACUUAGGUCAGGUCCCGAGGGAAACAUUAGGACUCUCUCUUGUUUUAUACUCAUAUUUUCACUCAAAGAAAUAAGUUCGAAUCAAACAAAGUAGGUACAUAUAGAAACACAAGUUUAAUUCACAAAGGACAAAGACAACAUCUGAUCAGUGAAAAAAACAAGGGACUAAUAAUUACCUGGAGGGGAGGUUGGGAAAUUAGAGGAAGACAGAGAGAGAGGGGGGUUUUAUGUAAAAUUUAAUACAUACAGGGGGGGCUUUACUUUUUCAUUGCUUUUUGCAAACUGGAAAAGUAGUGGAAGAGUUAUUAGAGUUCAAAUAUAAAUACUAACAUUGGAAUAAAACUGACAAAUUUAUCAACUCUAAGGUGUUCUGAUCUAUGAACUGUUGUUUUCCUAUCUGUAAUGCAGUAGGAAAGGAAUGCCUCUUUUAUAUAUGUUUAAACAGUGCUACUUUAUUUGCACUAGGAUUUAAUAAAAGAGGAAACUUUAAUUAAAAGUUGCAAAAGUAAAACUAUAAUGUGAUUCUGAAUGAAAAAGAAAGAUGCCAAUGUUAGCACACAUGGCAUCACAAUUUAGCAGAAUGAAAAACCCAACUGUUGAAAUUUUAAUAGCAAUACAACUUAAAGUAUGGUAAAUAAAACAUGUAAAAGAUGUACACGCGAUUACCACCAGGCUGCUAAAAAUGUAUCUAAAGCAAAAAGGUCUUAAAUUAAGUGGAGGCAAGGCUGAGUUGAUUGAUCGAGUUCUCACCCACGCACGCGGGAACCUUAAUGCCAGAGACCACUGUAGAAGAUGAGGAAUCUCUCAAUUCAUGCGAAGAAGACACAAGCUCAGAGUCCAGUGAUUCUGAUGACUCUUCAAAUGACUCUUCGACAUACUUCGGAGAGUAAUUUGCAGUGAUUUUUGUACCGGAGGAAGAAACCCAACAAGUAAACUAGUCAUGAGGGAAUCAAUAGGAGGAGACUUUUUUAAAGGAGGUUUGGGGGAGGGGGUUAGCCUUAAUAUUAUCAUUAUGUGGAGGGGGGGGUUGAAAUUAAUUUUUGCUUAAUGAGAGGGGGGUAUGACUGAGUUUGGGGGUAUAUUUCACUCAUUUUCCAACCCCCCCCCCCCCCCCCCCUCCAGGUAAUUAUUGCACAGUCCCUAAAUGCUGAAGAAACGACUCACAAUUUACUUCACAGUUUUUACGCAUGCACAGUAGAGCCGAGGACCAUCCCAUGACGGAAAAGCCGGUGGCCUUUUCGGGUAUAAUGCUAGAGAGACUACAUGCCGCUGUUCUCAUAAAAUCAUUUUAUCAAUGGAUCAGUACAAAAGUAAAUUAAAUAUAACGGGAUGUGCGAUACUGAUAAGUUUGACCUUUUCUUUCGUCAUUCAAUAACUACCCAAAUUCUUUCGACCAAAACUGGUAAAAAAGCACCAAGGCACUUUAUUAUUUUGAAGACCACCUCGUUGUUACGACGGGAUUUUAUGGCCCAAAAUUCACUUUAAAGGAGUUCAACUGUACUUGAAGUUAGCCUCUUUACAGGACAACGGAAAUAUUGCAUGAAUGCGACAGGGGUUAAACUGCGGCAUUUUUGCAAAGAAGACUACCAUGCAAUCGUAAUGAGCGGGCUGACCCCACAACUACUGAGAUAUACGAUAUAAAUGAAAGUAAAGGAAAAUUUGGUAGUAAAAGAAAUUAGGCUGAAGUGCUCACUUCUGAUCGAUAUCAUGAGAGAAACAAGAAUGAUUGUAAUCAUGAAAGCUUCACCGAACAUUCGGUUUAUCACCUGACCCCGUUUCUGUAAUAUCUAGGUUUCAUUUACGGUUAAAAUGUCAAAUACAGAUUGUUGCGUUUUAUAGCAAUUUAGCAAGAAUAUCUGGUUGGUUUUCAAAAAGGGUCACUUUGCUCUUAGCCAAUUAGCUCUUUAUGAGAGUAAAUAUUAUUCAAUUUCAGUGCAAGGUAGCUCAUUUUCUGUGGUUUUAAUCGUUUUCAUUUAUAAAAGAGUCUUGUUUCAAGAUAUUUGUAUUAUGCUAUUAAAAAGCUUUUUUCAUCGUCACCCUUGCUAAAAAAUGCAAAAAUUUACCCAACACCGACUGUAUGUGAUUGAUUAUUUUCUUAAGUUUGACCAAAACUAUUUCUUUUACUUUGCCGUUUAUUAUCUGAAGAAUAUUGAGUUUUAAUAAUUAAAAUGUAUCGACAGAUGUUUUGGCUGCCUUUCUGUUUAAAAUGAAACAAAAUGAUAAAAAAUCAAUCCUUCGACUUAUGUCUAUCCAUGAUCGGAGAAAUUUUCGCGAAUAAUGAAAUGCCAAAAUUGCAUUCCGGUACGAUGCAAGGUAAAUAUUUAAUUGUUUCCUUCAUAAAUUAUUUUACUCUUGUGUCAGAAACAAUUUACAGGCUACAAGCAAAUUGAAAAAAUCACGACCAAGUCCUGAUAUGUAUUGUUUUCAGUCGCAGGGUCGGUUUCAUAUUUUUUUUGGCUCUUUAGCUUCUUUUGUGUGUUAACUGAGUUGCCCAAUAAUUCUUAUAGACUCAAAGAAAGGUGCACAACCAAUCUUGUCUUCAGCGAUCAGGCGAUUUAAAAAUCUACUCCAGAAUUUAUUCGCCUACUCAUAAAUAGACACACACAAUGUAUUUCUCGAUGACUUGUCUAAAUACCUUGUUACUUCAGUGUUUGACACCAACCAGCUCAUCACAAGUGAGCCCAAUCAGUCAAAUUUAGACUGACAAUUUGAUUUAUAUUCUUAUUGUCCUUUUGUUAUUCUGUAAUUGUAUAUGUUUUCUUUUUAAAACAUUUCUCGAGAGCCAGGCUGUAUAUAUCAACUUAUGCCGCAGGUGAAGUAUUUCCCAUCAAAAUGUCUUUUAAGGAUAAUUAAGAGUCACCUGACCUAACUAGGUGAGCGUCAAAAAUUUAUUGAGUAAAGGUAAAAAUACAGUCUAAGUUCCCGUUCUUCGGUCCCUCCGUCCAUCUCUUCGUCCGUCCGUCAGUCCGUACGUCUGUCUGUCCGUCUGUCGGUCCAUCUGUUUCCGUCUGUCUGUCCGUGACUGGAGCUGACCGCCAGAGGUAUGAUACUCGUAACAGGUCACUUGUAAACCAAGCUUUACGUCUAUUUUAUCUUUUCCCCGGAACUUAAACCUCUAUUCUAUUCUAUUCUAUUCUUUUCCAUUCAAUUCCAUUCCAUCCCACCCCAUCCCAUCCCAUUCUAUUCCAUUCAAUUCUAUUCUGUUCAUCAAUUUAGUUCGCAUGUUUCAGAUUUUUUCCCAUAUGUUGUUUGAUUCUUCAGUCUAGUGAGUAUGGUGACAGCGAGAAGGAAACACUCCACACUCACUCAAGGAAAGGAAAUACACAGGAAAUCAAAGCGCUUCUUCAGCAAAACGAAGGUCAGUUUUAUUAUAAGAAGAAAACAUAGAGGGUCAGAACAAACUUUUAUAAGUUGAUUAAUAGUAUUAUAUUUCUCAGUUCUUACGGGCACUCUGACUGGGCAGUUUAGCAGACCGUAUCUCACUCUUACAAACUGGAAAUUUCAAAGUUUGUCUUGGUUGCGAUUCAUGACAUAAGCAUGUUGUAAGGCUGUUCUUGCAAAGUACGUUUGUUUAAAUAACCCGCCCUUAAAAACUACUACUGGUUCAUAAAAGUAAACACCAUCCGCGUUUACCUACAGACAUUGAUAAAAGAGAUAAUUAUGGCAAAACCGCCCUCCACCAUGCUGUAUCAGCAGGACAGGCCAGCACAGUGAAAUUUCUCCUUCAUCACCAUGCCAAUCCAAACCUGAAAGAUCACAGAGAUGAGGCACCUCUACACGCCGCAGUGCGGACAGGGAACUUGGAAGUGGUGGAGGUAUUCCAUAUUUUAUUCGACUUUAAUCAAGUGUUCAAUAGACCUUUUUACCGAUACGGCGGCAAUAUUGAAUUUACUAGAUUUAAGGAGUAUUAUGGGAUGCCCAGGGGGCACUCGCUAAGUAUUUAAGCGCGCUUUUCGGGCGAAAAGAGAACUUCACUGUAUAUACCUAGGGAAAAAGGCGAUCAUUAAUACAUCGAAACACGGCGCAACGAUCUUUUUUGCCCAUUACAGUCUUUUUUCUAGGAGAACUUAAAGAAAAAUUGGCCUGAAAAAACGCGCCUAAAUACUGAACGAGUAUAUCGGAUCAUGUUCAUGCCCCCUGGGCAUCCCAUAAUAGUCCUUAACUCUAAUAAAUUCAAUAUGGCCGCCGUAUCGGUAAAAAGGUCUAUUGGUUUCCUUUGUGAUUGGCUAAGAAAUCCUCUCUGGCCACUCCUUUUUUAAGUAAAAAAAGAAUGCAGGCACGCAUCGUGACUAACUUGAUUUCCCUUCGUUUGGUCCCCGAUACAUCCAUAUGUUACAAGGAGUGAUUGUUGUACUUGAUUGUCACCAAUAGCAGUGUCAUUGUGAUUUUUUAGUGGUCCUGUGGUUGCUUCCCUGGUGUGAAAACCUCUCAUAAAGGCAUGAAAUAAAAUAAAUUCCAACUUAUAGAAUUGUUUUAAAAUGACUUAUUUAAUCAAUAGAAUACGGUUUUUUUGUCUUUUUACUUUUUAGCCUUGUGACAUCAAUUUAAACCUUCAAAAAAUAUUGUUGACCUGGAAGAGGUACUUUGUGACAUUACUUAGAGAACAAGCGAUCCAAAAAGCUCAAAUAUGUGCAGUGUACUUUCAAUUAAAUGCCGUGUAUUAAAAGCUUAAGACAAACAUAAAAGAAAAGGGAAGCCCCUACACCAACUCACGGCGCGGCCAGUAACACACGCAUGCACACAACCAUAUCACACGGGCAGUGGCAGCCAUGAACAGCUGUUUCGCCUUAUUUGGGGUCAUCAGAAUGCCAUAACCCGGUCGAACCUCUGUGCGGUCAAAAGCCGCGUUCAGAGGCCCUUUACUUCCGGUGCGUGUGCAUAGUCAGGCUCCUUAAAGCGCAAGCUCCACACAGAGCCUCAGCUAGGUGUCAACGACUUUUUUAGUAUGCUAAAAGUAAAAUGAGUGCACUACUUCGAUACUCCGCCUUAAUCCUUUGGCCUUCUCCGCUUGCCCCGUUGUCUGCGCGAAGUCUGGGGAAGGGUUCGGUGACGUCACAGGUCAUGUUAGGGUCCAGGUUUGACCAACCAGAGAACUCCAAUGGACUAGGCUGACAGUACUCAAUAGUACAAAUCCUUUCUUAAGAGUUUGUUCAACGGUGUUCUCGUUGCUUUCAAAUAAGCUUUUGAUUUAAUUUUGAAUACUGAGCUGCCUAUCAAACUGGGAAAAACUAGUCAGUUAUGGACAGUAAUCUCAAACAUUAGACUUUUCCUUAUUUUGUUAGGUCUUACUUCACCACAAAGUAACCAAUGUUAACAUCGAGGGACGUAACAAGUACACACCGCUCCAUAAUGCUGCUUAUCUGGAAAAUAGAAACGCUCUUGAAAUAUGCCAAAAGCUGGUAAGGAUAACUCAAAGGGUGAAAAUAUACCGGGGUGCGGAAAGGUAUUCCCGAGGGGAGGGGGGCAUCCGGGAUUUGACCAAAAUACAGUGCAGAAUUCGGGCAACGUUACCGAGAUACGGGAUUAGACUGCUACCCUGGAAGCGGGAUUCGCCAAAAUUUGGGAAAGAAAACGAUAUUCGGGAUAGCAAUGACGGAAGCUCAGGACGCGGGAUUCUCGUGGAACAGAGGCGGGAAAGCGGGAUCACGAUUUUUCCUUUCCAGAUCCUGAUUUACCACUGGAAUGAAGUGGUGCCUUUUUUUAAAGCCAAAUAUAAGCAGGCCAAGGCACCUAUGCGUUCGUAAUUUAUAAAGCUUCUUAUCGGGUCCCGUCUGCGCAUCUGUGUGGGUCCACAGUCGCCUGAUACCUGAUACCUGAUACCUGAUAGUGAAGUCAAAACUCUUGUGAUUCAAAGCGGAAUAAAAGCGCUAACUUAUGUAUAACCUUUUCUAAACUCUCAGUUGGUCUGGACGAGCAAUAAGAAAGAAAAAACGAGCGCUGCCUGAAAAUAAAGAAACUUUAUCAUAAUGACGAAGAAAUUUAGGAGCGAUUACGUGAAUAUGGUAGGAAUGGGAAAAGAACCACGAAAGCACCGAACUGUGACUGAAAUAUUGAAGGAAAGUCCAGCCUCCACUUUAAGACUAUUUUCUCAGUUAAGCGUGUUUUGUUUUGUACUAGUUCAUGAUUUAUUUCAUCCUGUACAUGUAAGAAACAAGAAGCUGUUUAUGUUUAUUCCAAUGACAAAAGCAAACAAAAUGGAGAUAAGACGUGAAAUUGUAUGAUAUUCGCACUGCAUACCUAUAUUGUCCCGACACGGGAAACUAAGUUAUGGGAGGAGACCACGACUGCCAGGACAAAAGGCAUGCCGAAUAAUGAGGGAAUGCGAGGUCAACCAGCACCAUGGGAGGUGGGAGGGGCGAAAUUUUGGAGUCACUUCCACUACUGGCCAAGAGGCGGGCAAAAAACGAAUAAUUCUAGCCAAGGACCGCAAUGCAUCAGGCCACCAGCGCGCAGGCCCAACUCGACGGAAUUUAAAGGAGUUACUUAUUUCCCGCGUGACGGGUUAAUUAUGUAUGCAGUGGGAAUAGAAAACAAAAUUCAUUCUCUCUUGGUUUAAUAGGACACUCCCGAGUUCCAAAAACUCUCACUUUCAAAAUGAGGCCUAGUGCACAACCUUUCUUGUGAAAAGGAGUUUUAUUUGCAUGAGAAUGAGAAAUCAUUUCCAUAUCAAAGGCUGAGCACUUAACCUCAUUCUGAUACAGAGGCCCGGAGAAACUCGGAAAUGGCCUGUUGCCUGUAAUAAUGAGAAAAUGAAGGUCGAAUGUUCUUUUUUUCCUUUAUUUUCAGUUAGACUGCGGCGCAAAAGUUACAGCUAAAGGAAUAGAUCAGAUGACUCCACUUAGUGUGGCAGCUCAGAAAGGGUCGGCGGAUAUAAUGGCCCUCUUUUUCAAGAAAUGUACGUACGUUAAUAAUCGGGCAUGUCUUUUGAAAAUAACAAGUGGUUACGUAGCAACCUAGUUCGCUCCUUUUCCGUACAGGUCGGACGAGGUGGCCGAGUGGUUAAGGCGUUGGACUGCUAAUCCAAUGUGCUCUGCACGCGUGGGUUCGAAUCCCAUCCUCGUCGCACGUUUAAUUUUAUUGAAUUUUAUGUAUUUUUAGUAAGUGUCUUUUCUUGGAUUAUGUAAUGAGAAAAAUAUAAAUCUGGUCUUUUUGGCUGACGUCAAACAACCGUGGCUUUUCAUGAUUAAAGAGCUCGUUGUUUUUAUUUUUCGAUUCAUGUCCAACAGGCGAUGAAGUUAAAAGAGGAACAAAACAGCAGCACGACCUGAUCUACAAUGUUGACUACGAGGGUAGCUCUCUUUUGCAUUUAGCAAUAGACAGUGGUGUUUUGAAGGUAACAAAGAAUUGCGCAUAAUGGCCAGUAUUAAUAUACCGUAUUUCCUAGAAUAAUAGCCGGUGGCGAUGAUUAUUUUUUUUGCACAAAAAGAGGUGAUUAUUCGGGGGAGGCGAUUUUUUAAAUAUUCAAGGGAAGUCGUUCCCUAAACAGAAAAAUGAUCACGUCAAAUAAACUGAACAAGGGCUUUUUAAGUGUUGCAAAUUGGGUUCUAUGAUUAAUUUUCAAUGACAAUAUCCUCGGCGAUAGAGCUUGAAUCGUUAGUGAUCAGUUUUGCUGGAUCAGACUCUACUUUGACUUGGCAGGGAGUGGAUAAAAGAAAGGGAAGAAGACCAGAGGGGUGGGGAGGGCGAUUAUUCAAGGGAAGAGAUUAUUUUAAAAAAUUUCCGUCUAAGGGGGCGAUUAUUCGAGGAAAUACGGUAUCCAUGCCAUGAUUUUUCAUUUACCAGUUUACAAAGCCCCUACUUAGAAAAAAAGUAUUAUCUCAAUUCAGUAUUACAAGGUCGACAACAGUUCCCAGUUAACAUUAAAACAUACCUGUUCGCUACUUUACAGGGUUAUCCCGGAAGUGGAACUCGUGUUCCGCCGUGAAAUACACGAGGACUUGAGCUGGGAGCGUCCUAAUCAGUAACGCGCCAUCUAGACCACUUGCAUCACCUAAUAAUUUGCGUAGAAGUGUAACUCUGUUUAGUUGUAUAAGUAAUUUUGUCACUAAUUAUUCUUCCUUAGUAACUUGAAAACUCUUAAUUUAAUUUCUAAACAGUAAUUCUGUCUUUAUGCCUAUUACGUAACUUACACUAUGAACUUCUUCAAGUUGUCGCUAUAUGAACUUCUUCAAGUUGUCGCUCCUAGUGAUUCAAGCUGACAGUGUGCUUUUCGUUCAUUUGCUAUUCCUCAAAAACCCAUAACAAAAGUAAAAAAACAUCGUUCUUGUGACUGAAAGUCAAACACUUUUAUUGUCUCAAAAUAAUAAUUGUAUCUGUUGAUGUAGCUCAAACAAGUAAACAUAUUUUUAUUGUAAGCGUGGAAUUAAUAACUGUCAGAAUAACUGAAACAAUCCGCAAAAAUGAUUUUCAUGUAAAAGCGUAAACUUUCUUAGAUAAGGUUGCUGCCGUUAAGUAUCUUUUUGGGAGAGACACGCAGCAACCUUGUCAUAGUAUUACUGAAUACUAUGUAUUGCCUUUAACAGUUAUACGUAUUCUCUUUUUAUAAUUUUUUCAGGCAGUUAAGCUGUGCCUGGAUUCCGGGUGUUCUGUAGCAGCAGUAAAGGUAUAAUUUAGCCUCAUAAUCUAGUUUGAACACUUAGUGAAUAUUACCGAUUUGCUCAGGCUAAUGACCCAACAGACUUUUAGAAAGUCUAUGUGUUUUGCUUUUCCGCUUUGAUGAUUUGGUAUUCGGUUUUACAGAGGAUAAAUGGUGGUACUCCGAUCCACUUGGCUUGCAGACUUGGCGCGCUGGAAAUCUUACAAUGCUUGUAUGAACACGAUCCAGCGGCCUUCAGAUUCCCCUUGGUAGACAAAGAAGCUAUGACCCCUUUACACAGGUAAUCAAUUUAGAAAUUACAUAGAAGUCUAUUCAUUCAGAAUUGUAGUUUUCAGUUCAGCUCGAAGUUAAGGGGUCAUCUGCAAAACACGAAACACAAUGUCAGUCAUCACAUAUCAAACAUAACAUGAUAAGAGAGUUCAAAAGGCGAUGGGUAGGUGAAUAUUUUUAAAAGGAACUUCGAGUCAUAAUACCGUAAAAGUCCGAAAAUAAGCCCGUCCAUGUACAAGCCUCUAAAUAUAAGCUCCCCAAACUCGAAACGGAUAAAACCCCCGUUUAAUCGUCCCCCCGAAUUGUUAAAACUCCCGUGGGAUUAUACUUAAGAAUUGCUCUCAAAUACAAGCCAAAACGGUACACUAACACAUAUUUUUUUGUUUGCCUAAGAACUCUGGGGGCUUGGAUUUCUUCGUUCCAUAGACAAAGUACUUGCAAGGGCCGGAAGUUAUAUUCAGCCACCCUGCACCCAAACUCUUUCUGGUGCUCCUCGCUUUUCACCUGUUAUCUUUGCGACGAUAGAAUAUACUUUCAUAAAUUUCCUUCCAACUUUAAGCUAGCCCAAUAGAUUUUGAGACGCAGCUUUCCCUCCAAGUAUAAGCCUAAGCCGAUUUUGUAACACAAAUUUCCUUCCGUAUAUAAGCCCAUCCGAAUAUAACCCCUUCAAAACAUAAGCCCCUCAAAAAGGGUCCAUGAAAAAGUGAAAACUAUAAGCUCUGCGGGGGCUUAUUUUCGGUAUUUUACGGUAUAAAGAGAGAAUGAUUCUCUCCUGACGGUAUUAAAGCAUAAGUGACGUCAUAAGCACAUGCAUUGAUCUAUCAGUUACUAAUUAUAUAAGUAUGGGUUUAGUAAGUAAGGUUACCAUAAAACAGGCAACAAAAACGUGCAACUCGUUUUGCAACAUUGCUGUAAAAAGAGUUGGAAGCGCGUUUUACCACUCACGUUCAAACCUAUCUUGUAACAAAUCAGAAAUUUCUUAUUGGAUAAAACUACGCGGGAGUCACGCCAUACAAGUUAGCCUUGGGCUGGUAAAACACGCAACAUGUACAGAUUUUGUUGCAAAAAGUAGAAUAACUCUCUAUUUUCUGCAACAACUUUCGCAACUUGCAACAACCUGAUUUGUUGCAAGACAUGUUUGAAGGUGAUUGGUAAAACGCGCGUCUUCGCAUUUCAACUCGUUUUACAGCAAUGUUGCAAAACAAGUUGCACGUUUUCAGUUCUUUGUCGGUUUUACCAUACCUUAAGGCGGCUUUUUUUCGCAUCUUUUUAUCAUUUUUAAACCGAAAUCUCAUGGCUGGCUUCAAAUCAGCAGCACGUUCAUGGCUUUUUCAUUUAGAAAUCGUUCAGAUCAGUCGAUCUGCAUCCGCUUUACUCUUAAUGAUGACUCUGGUUCUAUAAAAUUAACCUUUGUAUUUCUAACACGCUUUCUUCUUGCAGAUGUGCAAUGUAUAAUCAUGUAGGAGUUGUUCAAUUUUUAGUGGAUCAUGUAAGUAUCCACUCUGUAAAUUCCUUUCAGUCUUAAGAUCUCUUAAUAACACUAGUAAAUGGUUUGUCCUCGGAUUUUCUUAAUCUUCUCUCCUUCGUCUCUCCUUAUCGUUUUCAGGGAGUAGAAUUAAACCCACGAGACCGAGAAAAAUGUACACCACUACUCUUGGCAGCGGCUCACGGCUGUCCAGCGGUUGUAUCUUAUUUGUUGGAAAGUGGAGCUGACGUCACAUGUGAAGAUGACAAGAAAAGAACAGCACUACACUGGGCGGUUGGUCAGGAUAAAACCAUAGAGCGGCUAUUGAAGGUAAAAUUUUAUGCGCUGACCAGUGAAUUAGCACGGUCCUGUUUAGACAGCGUUUUGCCAAACGUAAGGGCUAUCUGCACUUCAGUGGGCCCCAUCAUCCAUCGUAUAAGAAGAUCACGAAAGCAGCGAGAUAGAUGCUGGCCACUGAUUGGGCACAAAAUGAUUUUUUUGCUCAAUCACAGACAAACAUUCGAAUGAGUCGUGGAACUGAUUCGUUAAGAGUAGUAUCCCAGGGGCUCUCUCCCCCGUUCUUGAAAACUUUCGCCGCCGUUUUUCCUGACCCAACAGACGGGCAGUGGCGAGGAAGAUAGUUUUGACAACAUUCUGUCAUUAGAGUUACACUAAAUCCAUUGUUGGGAUUUUUGAAACGGCACUUUGUCCGUUAUGCUUAUUAGUGGCGAACAAGUUGCACCAGUCCGACGAGGUGGCCGAGUGGUUAAGGCGUUGGACUGCUAAUCCAAUGUGCUCUGCACGCGUGGGUUCGAAUCCCAUCCUCGUCGUGCUCUUAUUUAACUUUUUUUUACUUUUGUUAUAUACUUUAAUAUGCGUUUUGACGAUAACAGUAGAAGGAGCUAUACAAUAUUGAAAAUAAACGUCUGAAAUACUGAAAAAAAGCAUUGAAAUUUUCUUGACACGUCAUGUUUUGCGUUUAAAAAGUUUUUUAAUAACUUGGUUUACACGCUUAACUUGUUACACAGGAUCCCCUCGUACAGAAAAUGAAGCUUGUGAACCAACAGGACAGUACAGGGGCGACAGCUCUUCAUUACGCUGCACAAGGCGGGUUCCUCAAGGUGAGACUUAUUUUUAUUCCCCUCGAGUUUCAUAUUUUUGUUUUUGUUAUUUCUGUCAUUUCCUUUCCAUUUCAUUUUGCAGAGCGUUCUUUUAUUGCUCAAGAAUGGAACUGAUCCAAGCAUAAAAAACAAUACGCUUGAAACUCCGCUUCAUUUAUCCGCCAGGUACAGUAGGCACAUCAAACAACAGGGCUAUAGUUAAGCUUUUGGGCCUGUUUAUAUGAGGUGAGCCAGCCGGGUUAGCCGGGAUGGUCCGUUUUACCGGGCUGCCUGGCUCAUGCCUUGCGUUCUCUCAAAAUUGUUGUUGUUGUUGUUGUUGUUGUUUUUUUAUGAGAAGGCGGCCGAGAUCUCUGCACGAGCAACCGGGAUCUCGGCAAGCGGGCCAGUUUGCCUUCUCAUGUAAUCAAAACACUUAUUAUAUGAGGAAACAAAAAAACUGAAACAAGGCAUGAAACCGAGCCAGUCUGGCAAAGCUUGCCAGCCCGGGUAAAAGGUCUGGCUAACUUCGUAUAAACAGGCCCUUAAUUAGUAGGCUUCUUGGUUCGUCUCAUAAAACAGGCUUAUCCCUAAUUUAGUGCUCCUCUUAAUAAUGCUAAGAAAAAAAAACAAUAACAGCAACUUCAACAGCAACAACAAGAGCUUUUUAAAGACUAUUGUUGAUUAAUUUCCAAAGUGGUCUUGGUUUAUUUCUUAUGAAGCUACUGCGCGUUUAGUCGGCUUAAGCGCGGGUUUAGGUAUCGCAACUGUGACUGAUGACACUUUUUGCAAAUCUACCUCAUGUGUCAAGACUACAGUAGUUACAGUAGUUAAUGAUGUUAUCUUCUUAUGCUUGUUUGUUCAGCCAUGGCUGGCUACCGAUCGUAAAGAAGCUAAUGGAGGGUCGACAGACGCGUUUAAUGAAUGUAGGUAACUUAAGCGAUCACACACCUCUUCACUUAGCUGCUUCUAAUGGACAAGACAAAGUUGUCAAAUUUCUCUUGGACAGAGGUGCUACGAUAGAAAGGUCAAAAGUAACUUUAGCUAAUAAUUAUUUCAACUCUUCUAAAUAAUCUUAAAAUGCCGUGUGUCAAAAGCGUUGUUGCACAGCUUGAUUGAGGAUAAAGUCAUCAAACACGGCCUACUUGCAUGCAGUAGGAUAACAAUAAAAUUUUCUUUUCAUGGUUUUAAGCAUAUGCUUGUGCUUGCUUUUAGAGUGCUCUAUAGCGCAGGCUUCGUUCAGACGUUGCAUAAACUCGUUAGCUACCGUGGAAGGCGUUUAAAGGCCUAGGGAAGAGGUGUGAGAGAACAGAAAGGACGUUCACAUCGUGUUAACGUGCGCUUUUAUUCCCCCUACACCUUUGAACCCCCACACCUUCAAGCGCCUGUCACGAGAACCAAGCUUAAUACAGGGCUCGAUAAAGUCAUGAAAAAUCUAAAAAGCGGUGAAAUGUAAGAACUUCAUUUUCCAGGCCUUAAAAGUCAUGGAAUUUAAUGGUCGGUGAUGGAAGGUCAUGUAAUUGAAGUUAUUUGUGGUAGAUUAGUUAUUGCAAAUUUCAAAGCAACUGAGGAAAAUGUAACUGAUAGAGACGACAGACGAGUAAUUAAAUAGCGCGAACGGGACGACCCAUUUUGGUGGACACAAGUGUUUCUGUCUGUUUAACAGAGUUAGGCGAAAAUAUUGCCAAAAACAAGAAAAGUUUUCAAAAAUUUCGAAAGUGACAGCUAAACUGACUUACGGUUAUGGAAAACAUGGAAAAGUUCAUGGAAAAAGUGGUGGGAAGUAUAAGUCAUGGAAGAGCUCAAAAAAGUUUGAACCCUGUGAUACGGGUGUUACGAAAACUAAGACCCUCGAAAACUAAGACCUAAGACCUAAGACCCGUCUUAGUUUUCGAGAUUACGAAAACUAAGACCCCUAAAUUUGCCGUUAAAUUUGACUUAAAACUCGGUGGAAAGGAUCGAACAUGAUAUAAUUUGAGUCAGAUCAGACCUAUUUCGGUUACAAUUUGACUUUAUAUUUCGACGGAUUCGAUUUUAGGGGGUCUUAGUUUUCGUAAUCUCGAAAACUAAGACGGGUCUUAGGUCUUAGGUCUUAGUUUUCGAGGGUCUUAGUUUUCGUGACACCCCUGUGAUACUAUUUAGUGGCUGUCCAGCAUUCUUCUGGACUCCUUACAACUCUACAUUCGAUUGUUGGAAUGUAUUAAAUAGGAAAGUUGACGUUUUAACAAUGCAAAGUCUGUCUUUUAUCAUCAUUAUUGUUAUUUUAGGGAUACAGACGGGCGUACACCACUUCAUUUUGCCGCAGCUAAGGGUUCAUUGAAAAGCGUCCAGUUAAUCUGUGCUGCGAGUUCUAACUGCAUCAACGUGGAAGAUAAUGCAGACCAGGUAAUUAUAAGAAAAUGCUGGAAAAUACUAUUUUCGAUGAGAACAACAGAUGCGAGUAAAUUCCGAAAUAUAAAUCACACUAAUCUCGCUUCCAUUCCAUCAGGGUAUGAGGAUAAGUAAUGGUAACAGGACUGAGUGGAGACCAAUUCGGUCUGUAAUCAUACGAGUGAUUAACAACAUCGAAUGACCACGUAGCGGGAGUCCGGUUUGUUUAAUCACGAGUAUGAUUACAGACCGAAUUGGACGACAUGAAGUUCUGUUACCAAUUAAUCGUAACUUUAAAAAAUUUGUGAUAUAUAAGGCUCUUUUAAAAAUCAAAACACAAGAAAUUCUAAGAUUUUUUUUCGCCAGCGAUGAAAAAAACAAAACAUUUCAGCGCGCGUAAUGGCGCGCACUGUCCAAUUACUUACUAGGCAUGACACGUACUGUCCUAUUAAACUGUUCUAUUAAGGCUGAAAUCAGGGCAUUUGAUAACCAAUCAUAUUUGAGAAUUUUGUUAUAGUUAUGAUUAAAUACCGUAUAACCCCGCCAAAAUUAGGUACGGCAAUUAUACACUUACCCUAAAAGCAAGAGUUCGGGACGUCAAACCGUGUUUUAAUUUCACUUUAUCUUUCUCCUACAGGACACUGCCUUGCAUCUUGCAGCAAAAAAUGGUCAUUCAAGUCUAGUUACCUAUCUCUUAUCCCAUGACUCUCAGAAUGUGACGUAUAAUGCUUACAACCAGAAUGCCCUGGAUGUCGCCAUAGAGGCGGGAAAAGAGUCAGUUGUUCUGGCCAUUGCGGCGCAUGGAAGGUAGCUAAACUGCGCUAACGACAAACAUUGUGGUCGCACAAUGCGGUCGCAUAAUCGAACAAUGCCAUUGCAUUAACACGGGACCAUUAUCAACGCUGACGCAGUAGAAAUUAAAGUGCUAACACUACAAAUGUGGCCGUAUUAACAGAGAAUUAACAGAGCUCAAUUUUUUUAUUAUUAUUAUUGUUAAGACUAUCCCUUAAACUUUAUACCGUAAUACAACAUAAUAGCAGAGCCUUUUCCUAGGGCCUGGGGUUAGGAUGAGGUAGGAUAUGGAUAGUGUCUUUCUUAGGAUAUUAGGAUAUGAGAUGUUCUAAGUAAUGUGAUCUUCUGUAGUUCAUGCAUUUUAAUGCUAUCUGGGAUCUGUUGUGUAUAUUUAUUUUUACUACUAUUUGUUAUUAUCAUUAUUAUUUGAAAAAGUGGCACCAGCGUUUUAGCGAAUCACAAAGCUAGAAAAUCCUCCCCAUAAACAAUGGCAGGCUAUCUGCUCGAGCAAAGGCCUGUUAUAUUUACUCACGUGCGGAAUAACAGACUACUCCCAUAUUCCAAACGUAUCUUACUUCAGUUGUUACUGACUGUGUCGUCCUAACUUCGACUACGGAAAACUAAAAAUGAUUAAUACUGACUUAAUUUCACCUUUAUUUUAUUAGGUGGAGGGAAAUGUGUCACCGCGUAGAAGAAGGCAUAACACAACUACAGCGUCUUGUAAUGAAAAUGCCAUUAGCCGCGGAGGUUUGAAUCAGUGUUGUAAAUUUUUUGACGUACUCUUACCUUCUUUUGGUAAUUCUCUCUUAAGACAUGGAAGUAGAAGCAGAAGCUAUAUCUCAGGAGAAAACGUUUCCUGCUUUGUUGAUGACUAUAUAAUAUAUAAUCAUUAUUAAAAAGCUUUAAAAUUAUGACACCGAAGGAACAGUUUCUUAAGUGAAUCACUGGAACGAAAAAUAAUAAGGAAAAAUCAGAGACGGCCCAUUUUAUUUUCGAGUUGGAAUCCUUCGCCUUGUCGUGGCCAAAAAUAACUCAAACUAAUGCUUGUAAUUAUAUAUUACUUAUGUUUAAAGGGACUUAAACAGUUGGUUACAAGGAUUGUUGCUAAGACACAAGGUUUUGACCACCGCAACUCGUCAUUGUCAAGUUUUUCACUGUGAAAAAAAUACGGACAGUUAUGUUUAUAUGUGGAACGCAACCGAAAGAACGAGAACAACUAAGAAAAAAAUUGCUAAUAGAUAAGGUAGAAGAAGAAAUAAAGCAAAAAAGUUUUGCAAACGCACCUUCUAGUUUUCCAUAUUUUGAGACAAUUCCCUUAACUGAGUCCUUAUAAAGAAAUCAGCCUUUAUAAUUUGAUUUUCUUGUUCGUUUACAGAAAUUCCUCGACAAAUGUGUUGAGGAGAGCGGAGAUAAAGAUAAAAGUGAAGAUUAUACAGUAAGUUUAUCGGCGUCACUUUACGACAGAAUUACUAACUUUUCCACUUUUUCCUAUUCCCUAUCUCUCCAAACAACUCUUGCCUAAUUUAACGUCCGCGGUUUUUCUUAAUAACUGAGUAAUUGAUAGAUUUACUGGUCCUACCAGUUUUUUUCUAGCCUCGUUCCAGUCCUCCCAGUCCUUGCUCGUUCCCACUAACCAAGAGACUAGAACAUGGUCGCGUUUCUCCAAAUUUCCAAUCAAGCAAAGACACCAUACAAGUACCACCAACAGGGUGAUCGUGUGCUAUAGUCGCAAUACUUAACGGCGUUAGAGCUUUAAAUCCGCGCUCUUUGUUUUUGGAGCAGAAAGGUUUCUCUAGUCGCUAAAUCGUUCGUACGAAUAAUCUGUUGUUGACUUUUCGAGAAAAGGCUUGUUCCUCUUAGAUGCAGAUUCCUUGUAUUUAUUUAUGUAGAUAUUAUUUCCUUAGGAUAUUAUAGUCAUGUUAUUAGUAAAUAUUAUUUAAUGCUUCAAAUCUUAUAAUAGCUUAAAAUGGAGUGAUUUUCAGAUCGUAUUUUCAUAAUAGUUCAUAAUAAGGUCAAUGAUAUCGUGCUUCAGCACGCCAGUUUUUGUGAUGACAGUUCCUGAUUUAUUUUACUGUUUACAGGUAACGUACGACUUCACGUUGCUGCAAGGCAUGCCAGACAUCAGAAAAGAUGAUCCUAAGAAAUAUCUUGACAGUCUACAUGUUAGUUGUUAUAGUGAAUAUUUUAUUUAUUGUGACCUUUUCUCUUCAACGUAAUCAGAGAUCGUGGUCAGUUUACGCUGAUAAUUUUAGUUUUAGUUUUUAGUCUAAUGAUGGUAGCACUUUACAGCAGAAUAAGGACAAACCUGUUUCCCUCCCUUAAAUUACAGUUAGAAGCUAAUUUAUUACAGAUAUAUUUACAACAAAAUCCCCAUACCUCUACAGAAUAAACUAUGACAAAAAUUUUGAACACCAAAAGAAAUCGAAUAGAGUAGAAAAAACAAGCCAGAAAUAAUCAUUAAAAAAGUAAUUGACUGCUACAUGAUUAAAAUUCUCGUCAACCGUUAGGUCUGAUUGUACCAGAUCACAUACCUUUAAUGCUAAAAUUAGCGCUAGCCUUGAAAAAAGCGUCCCCUUUUACGGACCGGUCAUUAUUUAAUGCUUGGGGGGAAGGGGGCGGAGGAUUUGGGGCAAAACAAGGUGAAAUUUAGCCGAUCCCCCACUUGAAUGUUACUUCACUGAAGUGAUCCCCCCUAAGAACAUUUGAUGACUUUCGCGAUUCUCCGCCCAUGUAUUCAUUUUCCAAGCAAACUUGAGUGGUCUCCCAGCUGAAUCCUUUUAAAGUUUUCAGUGAUCCCCCCUUUUGUUACGACUGAUCCCCGUUUCGUUCUCCCUCCCCCCCGCAGGCGAUAAAUAAUGACCAGUCCCUUAGACUAAAAAAAAAAUAGUAUGCACCCCCUUAACACCCGUCCUUACUGAAUACAGUCGACUCUCUCUUAACGGACACCUCUGUAAAACGGACAGCUAGAGUUGGUCCCUGCCUUUCUUUGCUCCCUCUAUUUGACUUUCUAUACAGCUAGUAUAGGUGUCCUUCUUAGAGAGAGUUGACUGUAUAAGGUAAACUGUCCUACAUACUCUAUGAUCAGGAAUAAAUUUUAUUAUGAAGUCAAGACUCUGAUUCCAAAUAUUACCCAGAUACCUAUAAACGGUUUAAUCAAUAAACUGAUGAACUCUUCUAAUUACUUUAUCAAUAUACAAUUCAUAAAAUAUAUUUCAGCUUGUUUUGAUGUCCGUGACAAAUUAUUAUCAAAAGUAACGUUUUUGCUUGUGUUGUAAUUUUGAUUCCUAAACAUAGCUUUUGCAAUACUGUAUGUGCUUGUAUGGUCAUGCAAACAAAGCUCGUUGUUGUUGUUAUUAAACACUUCAUGACUGGUCCCGAGGGAAACAGUUAAAGCUUUUUGUUUCCCGAGAAUCCGCUCAAUGGAGCCAAACCAAGCAAGCGUAAUGUACUAAAAGUGUUGUGAUUCUCUUGACAGACCAUGGUAAAAUAUAAACAAGUGAACUGCUUGUCGCAUCCAGUUACUGGAGCAAUCAUGAACAUCAAAUGGUGAGAUGAUAUAGAUGUUAAUGCCUACAAAAAAGAGAAGUGUGACGUGAUGUUACCAUGGUAGCAAAAUUUCUGGAUCUCAACAAUUUUUCUUGACAGAGACAGCCAUUUGCCUUGUCGAAUGUCAUGCGCAGGAGGGUCAUACAAACAUUUCAAUUAUUUCGUUUUUUCCUGCCGUAUUUACAGGACCACGGUUUGUUGAGAUCCAGAAAUUUUGUUACCAUGGCAACAUGACGUAACGACGUCUUCUCUCUAUUCAAGGCUUUACAAAAAGAAAUAGCCUUGGAAACAUUGUUAGUUAUGUUGGACAACUGAGAAAGAGGUAACAAAGGUACCGUAUGAAUACUCGAAAUAGCACCCCAUUCCCCACUUGACUUAGCUAUAGCACCCACUUGAGGUAAAAAAAUUUUAAUUGAGCCCACCACAGCUCUGAUCAGGUUUCCUCCUCAAGAAGAAAAAUUCCUGAAUAUCGAAAAUGACCUAAUAAACGUCCACCUCCAAUUAAACGCCUCUUAUCUAAUCAACUCCUCCCCUAGGCUGUUAAAAUAUUUUUAGACGCCUGUCUCUCAUAAACGCCCCCUGUAUAAUAGACGCCUCCUAUGAGAAUUACUCCAAUAUACUAGGAAUUAGCUAAAAAGAAACAAAAUCAUUCAAUUCAUUUAGUUUUUUAUUGAUUAACAAGGCUUUGCGUAUCUCAUCUUGUUCAAUGCCAAGUUUAAAGUAAGGACAAACUAACAAUAGCAACACAAUAACUAAGUGACGUUUAACUAACUACCACUAAGUGACGUUUUUAAUGUACCAAAAUUUCCUUUUUUUGUGUGAUUUUUAUCCAACUGAUCAUGUGUUGGUAAAUACUAAAACAACUAUCCCCCUCAGGUCGGUGAACAGCACUAGAUAUAUACCUCGACGCUUCACUAUUCCCUCCCCUUCGGGGGAUAGUAGUUGAAAAAGAAAAAAGAAGAUAGAAUUAGUUAUUUGAUUCAACGUGUUUACUUUCAGGCGGAAAGUUGGGUGGAAGGCUUACGUCAUGAAUUUAGGAUUUUACAUUUUAUUCCUUGUUAUGCUGACUACUAUGACUAUAUUACUGGAGGAGAAAACACAUAGAAGCUCUCUGUUGAAUAUACCACGCUUUACUAUCGUAAUAAUGAGUCUUUUUCACCUGCUAAAGGAAUUAUUUCAAAUAUGGGACGAGGUGAGUAGUGGAUAGAGUCGAUAUUUUUUUCAUAACGUUUUUUAUCCAGCAAUUUUUAGUCCCACAAACUUUAAACUUGUCAAGUAACCGGAGGGUCAUGGCUUACUCAGGAGUAAAUUGUUAAGAUGGGCCACGAAAAACGCUGUUUACCUCUGCGGCAAAUUUUUGAUGGACGUAAAAGGCUAGACUUUUGUGUCGAUCCUCUUGAGGACGAGGACUCAGUGUUACAUGUUUUUGCACACCAAAGAAAAGGGUACUCUCAUUUGUUUCAUAUAGGCUAUCGCAGUAUGUAUAAACGUUAACGAAUAGCUCAUCAUGGAGACACAAAAAAUACUCCGACCUAGCAUACACACCUUUCCACACUGCCACCAGGAGAGACACAGAAACCUCCAGGAUAGGUGACCAUCCACUUCAGUCAAGAUGAGAUCGGCGCGGCGCAAAGGAAAAGAGGAAAGCAGCACCAGAAACACUUAAAUCACCGUUCUGACAUGUGAACAAAAUGGUUUUCGUACUGUCGGAAAAGCUAUCCAGCAUAAUGUAGACAUGUUCUAACCAGCAAGUUCCAUCUUUUUCUAUUUUUAUUUUACACUUUCCAUGCCUCUCCCGUCGCCUUGCUGCUGGGAUCAUUCCACCAUCUCGUAAAUAAACUGACCCCCAAAGAAGGUGUAUUUAGAUUGAAAGGACCAAGUUUCAAACUCAUUUAUUCGUUCUAUUCGCUCACAAAUUGAGUCAUUGAACAAUAUACCAUCGACCUAAGUGGACAAAUACGAGAAGAGAGACCAAUUGACUCCAGGCCGAAGCACCGCUAACCUGCGUAGCUGGCGGAAUUGUUCUCGAGCUUUUCCCAUUCUCCGCGCGGCCUCGAACGAAGCUGCUCUGCCAAAACACGAUCCUGCCGGCUACGCAUCGUCAUCGGGAUAAAGAAUUGAACGCGGUACAAGUAGUUUGUAAAGUAUUAUACGCCCUUUUAUGAUGGAUACUGAAUAUUGACGGACUUCUGUUUAUCUUUUUUAGAAAUUCAAAUAUCUUUUGAAGAUAGAUAACUGGAUGGAAUGGUUUCUGUAUAUGACAAGUCUUGUUUACAUGUUUCAAUAUCGGGAACUCAACAGUAAAGCCGGAACGAACACUGAGUUAAAUAUCACGGCUGUGGCUGCUACUGCAAUUUUUAUCGCUUGGGUUAUAUUUGUACUUUAUUUAAGAAGGUAGGUUAUAAUUAGACGUCGAUUCCUUUCUCCUCCACUCACUCCUCUUAAUAAGUAAAACAACAGCUUUGCCUGGCAGCAAACCUCAUUGUCCCUUUCUUUGCCCUCACUGCACGACUACGAAGUGAAAAUGCCUAAUUUGGUCAGUCUGCCGUUUUGGUCCUCUAACUAAUUUGAAUGGUAUUGUGAAUUCUAUCUUUUAGAAGCGCAAAAGUUGGCGUAAAAGCAAAGAGCGAUAGCGUCCCCUAACCGGUUUUAUUGUUGCCCCACCAGUUCGGGAACUGGUCAGAAGAGUUUUUAUUAAGUAAAAUUUGGUUUCAUUUCAGGUUUUCUACGUUUGGUAUUUACAUUAUCAUGAUGAUGAACAUUAUACGAACUCUCGUCAAGGUAACGAUAGUUUAUUAAAAUAAUAAUGAAUUUCGCGAUUAUGCAACAAGUUACCUGUAUAGAGAGGAAACAAACUCAAGGCAAUGUCAGGGACCGAUUUUUUUCUAACUUUUGAUAGCAAAGCUUGUAUACUUUGCCUUUCUCUUAAUAUUACCUUAAAAACUAUGUUAUGUGGCCCUUAUGUGAAUUCUUGGAGACAAUUAGCAGUUUUUCAAGCUGAUUCUUUUUCUAUACGCCUUCCGUGGUUACCUGUGAUUCGAGUAUCUAUUUUCGUUUCGCAUGGUAAAUAUAAUCCUAGCGCCGACCAAAUGAGAGCCGUCAAAAUUGUGACUGAUCUCAAGUUAGUCUGCGGCCAAAUUGAAACAGGCCCGGUACAUUUAUUUCUAGUGUAAGAACAUAGUAUUAAAAAGUACUUUUUCUGUCGCGUGAACCGGAACCUUUAUAUGUUUUUUCAUCGUUUGAAAUAAACCUCGCCUUUUUUUUAGUGUCCAGUUUUUCAAGAUUCGACUAUGUUAGUUUUACUUAACUGUUUCUGAGAUUUCCUCUCUCUUCCAUCCCACAGAUCAUUAUUUUGUUCAUUCCUUUUGUGAUUGCCUUUGGAAUACCGUUUUACCUUUUGCUCCGCGACAAAAGUCCAGUGAGUAACCACUAUAUUUUACAAAUGAAAGGAAAAAACAACUAUCAGGAUUAACACCCUUAACGAUCCCAAAUUGUACGAAAUGGAGAUUUUUUAUGUUGCGUUGACGUGUAUGCACAGAAAACAUAACCUUAUUGAUGGGUUUAGUGGAAAUUAAGUCACUGCAGAUUAUAGCCUGCCAACAAUACCUUUUCAGUCUGUCGUGUUGAGCCUUGCAAGCAGGAGUGGGGAGGAUGUGCGUUAGCCUGCGUAACAAAGGCGGACGAGGGUAGAGAAACCGCGAGGAAUAUUUUUCUCGCCGCUUCGCCGCUCGUGCGCCUCGGCUCGACAAAACUGUCAUGCUACACAGGCUAGGUAUGCGUUUGCUUAAAAUGCUCGCCCGCACGACAAUCCUGAGGAACUACUAGCUUUCCGCCUGCGGAUAAUGGUCUGCUCAUGUCCAAUGACUGUGAUUUUUUUCCUCUACCAUUAACAGGAGAAAUCGGAUGAAAAAACUUACCUGUUUGAACGUCUUCCUUACUCCCUAUUUACAACCUUUAUGUUGAUACUUGGAGAGAUGAAAUACCCGCAUACAGUUUUCAAGUACCAACCUCUUCCAUAUCCUUGGAUAAGCUAUGUUGUUUAUAUCAUUUUCUGCUUGUGCAUGCCAAUCAUAAUAAAGAAUCUCUUGGUAAGUAUAUGGCCCUUUAGAUGUCAUUAGGAAUGUAUAUGUUGAGUUAUUUUUUUUUAUCUCAGGUACUUUCUAUUUUUCCUUGUUUCAACUUCAUUAGCAUACAUUACCGUGCCCAAAAAUGAAAAAGAAAUAAAAAUUACCUGAGAUAAAAAUUAGCUACGACAUGUACACCACUGGUUAUAGAGCUUUCUCACUCACGUGGUCAGUAGCUAUGCAAAUUUAUCGCAACAAAAGAAAGUUGUUACUUGAGAAAAAGGUUCUACUCCCAGAGGAUGGGUUUGGAACACCAACAUGACCGCCGUUUCACUGUUUUGGUACAAACGCCGGCUGUAUUUGCUAUUUGCACAUCUCCCAUAAUACACCUUAUCUGCCACCCAAACAUUUUCCAUAUCCUUUGUUUUUAAUUUCUUCUUGGUAUUUCAGUGGUCUCAAGAGAAACUGAAGACAAUGCUAAUAUUUUUUUAUUUGGGGGGCGGGGGGAGGGGGUGAAUAAGGUGUAUUUAACAAUUAUUCCUCGAGCCCGGAUGGGUUAUUGACUCAGAGGCCAUGAGGGCGAGAGGAAUAAUUGUUUUAGUAAAAUCCAACUAGUUGGUCAAGAAUAUCGAGACAAAACAACUUUAGCUAGCAAAGCGCGAUUCAGCCGCCAUUGUUUCAAUUGGUUUUCAAAGCCGGCGCUUUUCGCUGCUAAUGGGCUAUAACAUAUAGCCUAGUAGUAGCUCAACCAAUCAGAACGCAGCAUUGAUAAUAGACCACAAGUUGGAUUUUACCAAUAUGGAAGACACCCUAUUGGCGAAUAGUUUUCAAUAUUUUUACAUUAUCAGCGCAUUGCUUAGCCGCGAAUGUUUUGAAACACUAAACACGUAAACGCAAAGCAAAUGCUUUUUACGGUCGAACCUUCAACGUGUGUUAUAAGCCAACUGAAUACAUCUAUAAGAUGUUUGUAAAGGGGUGGGUUUCGCGUCACAUGAAACGGGGACGUUAACUGGACAGUGAACAAAACGGAAGGAAGAGGACCAUCAUGAAAAAUUACUAAAAUACUCUAAAUUUUACCGGAAUAUUCUUUUCCUGUUUAAACUCAUCUUACUGAAUUGUGAUUUGUGAACCAACUACGUCCUCUCGCCGAUGUCCUUAACAGGGGCAAGAUAUUAUAUUCGUACUCCGACAUUUUGUCUUAUAUUAUGUUCUGUACAUUUCGUUUUCAGAUUGGUCUUUCAGUCGGUGACGUCAAUAGAAUUCUUCAAUCUGCCAAAAUGGAGCAACAUGCAAUGCAGGUUUGUACAUUCAAAUAGAAAAUUGCGCGUAUGAGAACCUUGUCAGUGUUAACCGGUUUUGCUUGUUAGUUAUAAUAAGCAAGAUUACUAUGUUUUAAUUCCAUUACUCUUUAAGAUGCUUUUCUGACAAGUCUAUGACACAGUACACCUCAGGUAAUUCGUUGAAUAACAGGUACGGUUACGCAAAAAAGGAGUUGCGUCUACCCGCGCCAAAUAGGGAGCUUAAGCAAUUACAACGGCGUCGGCGACGAAAACCUUACUUAAAAAGUGCAUUAGUGCUCAUUCAAACUUCAUUGCUCUCGUUUUAUCUCGUUCAAUUUGACAAAGGUUGGUGAAUUUUUCUGCAGUUGAGUUCUGAAGGUCUGUAUCUUAGUGUAGGAAAAGAAGAAGAAGGAAAUCGUAGCCUGCGAGCAAGCUCUUCAGAGCGCGGGGCGGGAAAAGGAAGUAGAACUUGCAACUACGUCUCUGGAAUUUGAAUUCCGCCUCCAAUUCCCCUGUGGCUCCCCUUCGACAAAGCUGCCAGAUUUCCGCCAGUCAGUGCGAAGCGGAAACGAGCGCGAAUGUAAACAAAAGUUGAAAAACACGUGAAAGCACGCGCCAAGGGUAUUGACGUCAUUACUAAUGUCAGCUCCGCCAAUCAGCAUUUCGCAUCGACUUUUUCGAUGUAGAUAUUCAAAUUCCAGGGACGUAGUUGCAAGCUAUCCUUCCUUUUUCCGCCCCGCCGCCAGAGCGCCCCGGAGAGCUUGCUCGUAGGCUAAGAAUAUCGUUGUCUUAUGUACGCUUUACUACUUUCUAGUAAACGUGAAUUAGACCUUAUUCACGAUACCUGCCGUCUUUGCGCGCACUUUUAAAAGGACUAUGUCACGUGGUUUCUCAAGGGGCAAAAAAGUGAAAAAAAUUUCCAAUGCAAGAAAUCAUAAUCCAGUUUGUUUAUUUAAGACAACAGAAAAUGAAGAAAUUUUCAUCUUUAAGACGAUAUUGGCAAAUUAUGGGUGGAAGUAAUCAUUGUUACUACUUCUUUGGAUUCAGUAGCGACCGUAGAUGUCCUCACGGCAAAAAAAAUGACUUAAAUCUUGUCGAAACUCGAUAUGUACAUUUUGCACGACUAUUACGUCGUCGCCUCUUUUUUAGAGAAUAAACAAAGUCGACCGCGAUUACUCGCAUAGGUAAAUUUUAUCUCUGGUUGCCCCCAAAUACCACUAGACAUUUCUUUUAUUCAAUCGAUCCUAAAGCGCGUGCAAAGAUGGCGGGUAUAGUGAAUAAGGUCUAUUGCGAUGUUUCUCGUGGCAAUCGUUCAACUACGGCUAAGAAAUCAACAAAAAAAAUGUGAUGCACGUGCAAAGUUGAUGUUUUACCAAGCCCAUCGUUGCCGGCGCCGUAGUCGUUGCGCCUAAUACUAUUACUACUGCCCGUUACUAGAAACGUGUAAUCAUUCAAUUCCGUGACAAUGUUCAGUGUUUUACCGUAACGCUCCCUUUCUUUUAAGGUCGAAUUGCUUUUGGAAUUAGAGCGGGCCACGCCCAGGAAAGUCCUUAGGAAAAUUUGGGUCCCUUACUUCAUUGAGUACCCUAACAGAAAAAGGACAUGGAUACAGAAGGUAACUAACCGUCUAAUUUCCACCCCUCAAGGUUUUUCAUCUUUUAAUUAACUUGGACAGAUUAGAGAAAAUACAUUGAUACCGAUGGAACGAGGGCCUCAAAAUAAGUAAAGCUGCCAGUUUGAGAGUGAUAGAGGUUGAGAAUAAACGCAAAGCAAAGGUUGGGAGAUUUUAUAGACGUUUUCUGUGGUGAGGGUGCAAGUUUGUGCCUCCGCCAUUCACAAACCUCUGUAGAAUUUCGCGGCCAUAACUUGGCUAGUUUCUAACAUAUCAGUCUCAAACUAUGCAAGUAAUGAACUGAUUUUAAGGCGCCCUAAAUGUAGAGGUGUUGAUGGAUUUUCGCUAACUGGAUCUUUCAAUUUUGUUUGCAAUAUUUUACAUUGGAAUGUAUAAUUUGAAUCGAAACGCAUCACUCAAGUUUAGAGUCUUCUCACCAAAAACAUCAUGAAUUAACCCGACUUAGUUCACCAUAAACCAGUGUUCAAUGCCAUCAAUGGUACACAACCCUCUUUGACUCUUAUGAUGGCGUCUGAACAGGCUGUCAAAAUGUCAGUCAACGACAGUCCUAUUCAUGUCAGGACUGCACUUACGCGGAUGAUCAAACACCUCACCCAUUUAUGACAGCAAUUAGAACUGGGCUCAAACCGCUGUGUAUCAUUCAACAGCUGGUAGAGUUGGGAUCUCCUAAGAAACACACAGCCACUCAACAGACUUACGUCAAUCCCGCUCUGGUGCAAAUAAAUGAAAAGGUCACCAAACUAACGGAUAAAGUUGAACUACAAGAGGACAAGUUAGUAUAUAAACUUUCGUAGCUAUUUUUUUGUUGUUGACACGUCGAUACUUAACUGAGUAUUCAUCAAUGCAAGUACCUGGGCGUAACCAGGAUUUGUGGCAUCUCGCGUGUAGUCAAAUUAUUGAGUAUCAGGGGAAGAGGGGACUUAAAACGUGCUUGACACCCCUGCGCGUUUUACUGCGUCUAGUAAUAGCUUCAUGCUCUUUUUUCAUACUAGCAGCAUAUCAGUUCCCAAUUCAAUUCAAUUUUUAUUUUCCACUUUUAACUGGAAAUUACUAAUUAAAAUUACUAAAAUAUAUGUAUUACAUCUAUAACAUAAUCUAUUAGCAGAAGUUCUAUGCAAGCUCAGCUGAGCUUUUUCCUAGAGGUCCCCUUUAAUGUGUGCAUUACAAACUCGAGUUGAAUUUGGUGGCCUUACAUAUUAUUAAGCAGCAACAGUAAUACACUUAUAUAUGUUCCACCAUGUAGAGUCGAUGUAUUUCUGUUGAACAAAACAUUUCAAUUUUCUUUUAAACAACUGCAAAUGACUUAAUGUCCUUCAAACUAUUUGGCAAACUGUUCCAUAUCAUAGCACCUCUAUAUCUAACUGAGAAACGUCUAUAAUUAGGUCUUUCAUCCUUAAUUUAUACUUUGUUUUGUUCGCAGACCUUGUAUUAUAGGAAUGAAUAGUAUUAUUAAUUCUCCAAAAAGUAAUCUGAAAAAGAUGGCGGCAAUUGUCCUCUAAAGUAAGAGUUUAACCCAUAUAUUGUUAGUAAAUUCAAAGAAAGGAAUACAGGUCUUAUUCCCUCUGCCCCUUUCAAGUGUCCGUUUCAGUCUGACGCUGUUUCCGCCUUUUCCAGCGGAGACAAACAUGUCUCCAGCAUGUCUACUUCCUCUUGUGAUUAGCAGUUCUCUUUAAUGAACGCUUGAGACUAAGGGGGUUGGGGUGGGGGGAAUGUGAUUUUAAAUCGGUGAGUUUUUACUUCUUUCUUCAGAUUACAAAACAUCAUUCGCCUUCUUGGAAGACUUGAUCAAAGACUGACGGAGAUGAGUCCUGGAGGGAAACCGCUGACUAGCACAGUGGAUGGACAUCAGGCAGUGACCAGAGAAACUUCGGUUAGACCUUGUCUUACAGAAAAUAGC